UACGCGACGGAUCUCUUCGGAUGAACGUUUCAAUCGCGGUUCAAACACGUGACAUGAAGCACGAAAACCAAUCGUUUUAACUGUAGUACACGUGUCCUGAACAUCGGUGUGCAUUUCAAUCUAAUCGUCGCAAUGGGGCUAAAAUGGUUAAGGGCCGUCCGCAGUUUUUUGUUACUGAUGGCGGCGAUAACGAGCGCAAGUGCAUCAAAAUGCACCAGACUUAUAGACGGGACGACAAUGCCACGUUCCAACGCUGAAGAGAAGUACCAUCUCUUUGUCACGCUGUUCAACCGAACGGAAAUGGUGUACUCGUACAUGCCCAACACCAGAUACACUGUAACCGUGCAAGCAGACAGUACCGGAGUAAUACCGCGGAGGUUCACGAGGUUUCUAAUAUCCAGCGGGCCAGAAAAUGAAGAUGACACAGUAAAUGGCGGCGUUUUCGAUCUUCAAGACGAGUCGUUGACAAGGUUCUCCGAGGUUUGUCCAAACGCCGUGGUGGAGACCUCAAAGGUACCAAAAGAGGAAAUAUCCGUGGCUUGGACCAGCCCUUCCGAAGGUAGCGGUUGCAUAUUUAUCAGGGCAACGAUAUUGGAAACGCCGGAUACAUGGUACAUGGAUGAUUCGAACUUAGUUCUGAAAAUAUGUCAAGACUCGAAAGCCGAGGCGGACGAUCAGGGACCAGUGUUGGAAACUUGCUGUACCUGUGACGAGGCGAAGUACGAAGUUACUUUCGAGGGACUUUGGUCCAGGAACACCCACCCCAAGGACUUUCCCAGCAAAGGAUGGCUGAUUCGAUUCUCAGACGUGAUUGGAGCUUCCCACACGGUAGAUUACAGAUUUUGGAGAUACAACGGCAUGGCCAGUGCUGGUUUGCGACAAGUGGCUGAGCUUGGAUCAACCAGAAGAUUGGAAUCGGAAUUAAAAGACCAAAGCGAGCAUAUCAGAACGAUCAUCAAAGCCAGAGGAAUAAGUUACCCUAACGUUACUGGCAAAACUUUUGCAGUAUUUCGCGUCGACCGGAAGCACCAUCUCAUGUCUUUGGUAUCUAUGCUUGAUCCUUCGCCGGACUGGAUAGUCGGUGUGUCGGGUUUAGAAUUGUGUCAGGAUGAUUGUACUUGGAUAGAGCACAAGGAACUCAAUCUCUAUCCUUACGAUGCGGGUACCGACGACGGAAUCACGUAUUUGUCGCCAGAUUCGCCAAGGGACGAACAAGAGCCCAUCAGACGCAUAACUUCGACGUAUCCGAACGAUUCAAGGUCUCCCUUUUACGAUCCUUUCGGUUUGGGCAUGAAGCCCCUGGCCAGGCUGUACUUAAAUCGACAGAGGCUCUACGAGAAGACUUGCGUCGGCACCCCAAAAGAUGCUGUUGACACAGGUGUUACUUCUCCCCCGGAACAUAAUCGCAAACAUAAAGCCUGCCAGACGACGCCAUGGGGUCCUUGGGGCGCUUGUUCCGUGACUUGCGGUCGUGGAAACCAGCUCAGACAAAGACAGUACAAAGACGAAGUCGCCGCGACGCUGUACAAAUGCAACGCCAACCUGACCGACAGGGCAACGUGUUAUGGCUCGAGUCCUCAUUGUAGCAAAGCAGGACCCUUGAAGGCUCUCCUGGACACCGACAUGUGCGCCCUGGAGAAGUGGAGCGAGUGGAGUUCCUGCACGACGACCUGUGGCCCGGGUCAGAAGACGAGAUCGACGAAUUUCCGCGACAAGAAGCAUCGCAAACAGUGCAGAGCCAUCCCUGACGGGCCGAAACUUCAGCAGACAAUCGACUGUGAUAACCCUCCGUGUUUAGACGACGACGGGGAUGAGGUAAGAGAACCGUCCGCUCAGGAGGAGGACAAUGAUAGCAAUCAGGACAAUGGCGACGGAGAGGAUUACGAGGGAGAGGAACCGGCGAUGGAGGUAACCGAGGAAUGGAUGCAGAAGUGUCCCGAGGAUCGCUAUACACCAUGGACCUGGUGGUCGCCCUGCAGCUCCAGUUGUGGCCCUGGUGUCCAAAUGAGGUCCAGACUCGUCGAUCGAAAUUGGAGCAGUCUCGGUGACACCGACGAUGACCUGACUCUGGAGGAAUGCAAGGUCCAGCAGGCUGCCUGCGUAGCCACUAUUCCGACCUGUGAUUUCUCUAAAGACGAAGCAGAACAAAUAUGCAGCGAACCGAUGGAAAAGGGGCAAUGCAAUCGCAACAUUUUACGCGCGUACUUCCACAAAGAGACUGGUCGUUGUCGUUUGUUCAGCUACUCCGGCUGCAAUGGAAAUCGAAAUAACUUCCCCACCGAGCAGGACUGCAAAAAUGUUUGCGGCAACUUUCAAAGGGAGUCAAGGUCAAACUUGUCGACAAUGGUGAAAAACUAUAAGGUGUCUCUCAGCAGCGUUCUCAGCUAUCACAUACCCGCGCAGGAGCAACGCAGCACGAAGACGAAACGAGCUCACCACGAAAAAUUAGAAUUCAAGGGAAUGAAAUCCGACAGCCAGGUGAUAGAAUCAUCUGAGAACGUGGAAGAUAUCGACUGUCAGGUGACAGAAUGGAGUGGUUGGUCCAAGUGUAUAGGUUGCCGUGGAUAUACAGUCAGUACGAAGGAAAUCAUGAUACCACAGAGCGGUAAUGGUAAAAGUUGUCCGAAGAAACUUCACCGUAAAAGGAAAUGCCACAAGAUACCGCCAUGCUCUUUGCAAAGCGAUGGACCAAGACGGCGUAUACACCGCGACCGAAAUACGGAAAUAAACGAGAACGAAAUCUCAGUUGACUGCAAAAUGACACAGUGGUCCACUUGGUCGCGUUGUACAGCAACGUGUGGCGACGCAUCGCAGUGCAGAAGAAGAACAGUCAAAGUUCAACCCCGUGGUCCUAGAAGCAAACUGUGCCCUGCUUUGGUAGAGUAUAGGAAAUGUCACACAAUCGAAUGUCCAUAGUAACAUUUAUCCAAAGUUUUUACAUAUCCAUUUUUUUUUUUUAUUUCGCUCGUACCUUCAGAAUAUUUGAAUCUUGAAUUUUACUUGGAACGUGGUAUGUAUCAUUGGAUCAAGCGCGACGAAUAUUUAACAUGAAAUAGAACUUUAUACAACGAUAUAUAAAAUUGUUAUAAAACAUUACAGUUUUUUUUACCUCUUAUAGUAACAUAUUUUUAAAAAUUCUUGCAGACACCAUGAAUAUAACGCGACAAUCGAAUCAUUAAAUUUAAUGU